GUCCAAAUACAUACAAAGCCCUCAAAGCAUAAUCUCACUCGUAUUAGCGUUGCUGAGAGAGAAAGACAAAUGGCAACAAGCGAAGAAGUGGUUGCGGCGGCGCCGGAGGCAGCCGCGCUGGAGGCAGGGCUGAAGCACAAACUGGAGAGAAAAUGGACGUUUUGGUGCGACAACCAAUCCAAACCCAAACAGGGCGCUGCUUGGGGUACCUCUCUUCGCAAGGUCUACACCUUCGACACCGUUGAAGAGUUCUGGUGUUUGUAUGAUCAGGUAUUCAAGCCCAGCAAGUUGCAAAUCAAUGCGGAUUUUCACUUGUUCAAGACUGGGAUUGAGCCUAAAUGGGAAGAUCCUGAGUGUGCCAAUGGAGGAAAGUGGUCAGUCACCAGCAACAGCGGCAGGAAGGCUAACCUUGAUAACAUGUGGCUUGAAACUAUGAUGGCUUUGAUUGGGGAGCAAUUUGAGGAUGCCGAGGACAUAUGUGGUGUUGUUGCGAGUGUGCGCCAGUGGCAGGACAAACUUUCGUUGUGGACAAAGACAGCGGCAAAUGAGGCUGCCCAGAUGAGCAUUGGAAGGAAGUGGAAGGAAAUCAUAGAUGUUAACGACAAGAUAACAUACAACUUUCAUGAUGAUUCUAGAACCAAAGGAGCAUCAAAGGGUCGAUACACCGUAUAAACACCUCUUGAGCAUCUUCUUGCACUUGUGCUGGGCUGCUGGCAAAGCUGUAGUAUUUGAUAUCUUCAUCAUGUGCCAUAUGUACUAAAGAGCAUACUACUACUUUGGUGGAUGGGUUAGUUUUAUUUUUGUUCACUCAUCCCACUUUUGGGUGUUGAUACUAUCAUACUCUUCUCAUUUUUGAAAUGGUCUGUCAAAUUUUUCUUGGGAGUUCAUUUGUAGUUUUUUUUUUUGUCACAUUCUAAAAGCUUUAAAUUUUGAAUAUGUCGACACAAGUUUAGCACGAGUUUGAUGAGUUAUUUGUACAAUCAUAACUGUGAUUGAACCUACAUUGUUCUGUUGAGUGUAUGACCCUGAGCUAAAAUUAAGAUGAACUCAAGCUUCAACUAGUUGAGUAUUCUGUU